ACAUCAAUAAGUGCAUUAUAAAGUUGCAUAAAUCGUUGCUUUGCAUGUCGCGAUGAAGAAUUACGAUCAAAAUGGCAGCAUAUGGAAUAAUCGCAAUUCAUCAAAGCGAUGUGCAUUUCGCUUUACACGUCUGGAAAUUGCACUUCUUGUGUUUUCCUCUGUUUUGUUGUCGUUAUUGAUUGGUAUCUCAACAUUAUGGGUUUUUAUAUAUCGAGGUUCAACAUUUCCAAAUAAUGUGAAGCGAGAUCUAUUCGAAGAAGCCAAUCUGUUAUCAGUGGGGAUUGAUGAGAGCGCAUUAUAUCACAAUGGCUAUGUUGAUCCUUGUGAUGACUUCUAUGAAUACGCAUGCGGUAAUUAUCCAAUCAAUCGGCACUUGCCAUCUAAUAAGGCGAUUAGACAUACCUUAAGCGAUAUGCAAAAUCGUCUCAACAAACAAAUUCGAGAAUUACUGCAGGCUCCAGUGACUAAUGAUGAUAAACCAUGGAAUCGCCUUGCAAAGCAAUAUUAUCAAAAAUGUCUUAAUGAAGAAGAGUUAGAAGCUACGGGUGCUUCAUCGAUGCGGAAAUUGCUUCGUGAUUUAGGUGGAUGGCCAGUUCUGGAAGAGCACACCUGGAAACCUUGGAGCAACAGCUGGGAAAAACAGUUAGCAUAUAUUAUGAACAGAACCGGUGUCAAUGCGAUUAUUCUCGAAUUAGCCGUAUCACAUGAUCCACUCAACAGUUCCAGGUUUAUUAUUGAGGUCGAUCAGCCAAAAUGGGGAAUAGGCUCAAGAUGGCCAUAUUUAGCAGGAAUAAACGAUCUAGUCAUCCAGAAUUAUACAUCACUGAUGAUACAGACAGCUAUUAAUAUAGGAGCUGAUCCAAUAUAUGCCAAACAUGAUAUGAAAAAAGCGAUUGAGUUUGAACUACGAUUAGUGAAUUUCUCGGCUGAUGAAAUAACCCGACGUAAUCCGGAACGUGGUAACAAUCGAUUUCAGCUCUGGCAGUUAGGCAGUCUCUUUCCGCACAUAGAUCUGAUCACGUAUAUCUAUACAAUAUUCGGGGGUUUAGAAAAGCUUAGUCCAAACGAUACAAUAAUCAUACGGGAACCGGAAUAUUUUCGUCGAAUUCAGGAAGUGAUGCGACGGUCCAGUAAACGAACCAUUGCAAAUUAUGUGUUGUGGCGAGUAAUUCAGGGAUAUUCAUCAUUUCUAUCACCUACAAUGCGAGAACCAUUCUAUGCAUUCAAAGCUAACCAAACUGGCAUACCUAGUAUUCCGAUUCCGGAUAGGUGGGAAGAUUGCGUCUUCUUGGCAACAAUAAUGAUCGAUAUGCCGGUUGGAAGGCUUUACAUAGCUAAUCAUUUUGAUCAAUCAAGAAUCAUGAAAAAAAUGAACGAUCUGACUAAACAUUUUAAAAAUGAACUAAUUAAACAACUGCAAACUGUCGACUGGAUGGACGAAGAGACACGACGACGGGCGCCUGAAACCACAGAUAAUGAAUCAUUGCUUGAAUUUACAAUACGUAUUAAAUGUGCUCGCAUCACCGAUGAGCUAAUGCGAUUGAAAAAAUUUGUGGAUACAUCAAUUUGGUUUCAAGGUCCAGCUCAGGUUGACGCCUAUUAUGCGCCAAAUUUAAAUGAAAUGAUAUUUCCGGCUGGUAUAAUGCAAUUUCCGUUUAUGUCACCCGGUGUACCAAGUUAUGUUACCUAUGCAAUGGUUGGCGCUGUUAUUGGACACGAAGUGUCGCAUGCCUUCGAUGAUCAGGGUGGUCGUUUUGAUGAAUACGGUAAUUUGCAUAAUUGGUGGGGUGUGCAGACAGCACGUAAAUUUCAUGAGAAAACAGAAUGCUUCAUAAAACAAUAUAAUGCAGUAAAAGUGGAAGAAGCUGGCGUACAUUUAAAUGGUCAAUUAUCUGUUGGGGAAAAUAUCGCUGAUAAUGCUGGUGUAAAGACAGCACUCAUAGCUUAUAAAUCAUGGGUUGAAGAAAAUUCUCGUCAGGAAGCAGCGCUACCAGGUUUUCAAAAUAUGACCAGUAUGCAGAUGUUUUUCCUUGCUUAUGCAAAUAAUUGGUGCUCAUUGAUAAGGCCGAAGCAUUACUUGCAAAUUAUUAUGGCGGAUGUGCAUGCACCAAGCAAGUAUCGUGCCAUAAUACCACUUCAGAAUCGACCUGAAUUCUCUGAAGCAUUCCACUGUCCCAUAGGUUCACCGAUGAAUCCAGUAAAGAAGUGUUCCAUUUGGUGA